AUGCCAAAAAGGCCGAAAGGUAAUAACGAGAACACACCAGUUCGUAUCAGCGAUCAUAAUGUGACUAAAAGAUCGAAUAAAAGGGUCGCUGUUUCUUCACCAGACCAAUCGAGCUACAUCCUCCAUGAUGAUUUACGGGAAAUGGUCAGUAAAAUUGUUAAAGCGGAAAUAAAAGAUAUGCUAUCAGAGAUAACCACAUCCAUCAAAAGUGUAUUAUAUAGUGAAUUGAAGGUGUUGAGGGAAGAAAUUACAGAUAUAAAAACAUCUGUGACUUUUGUAAGCAAGCAGUAUGAUGAAUUUAUGAAGGAGCAUCGUGCUAACGUAACGGCUUUAAAGAAUCUCAGUGAACAAAACAACAAGUUAGAAUCAACAAUUGAUAUCCUAAAAGCACGAAUAAAUGAUCUUGAACAACGAUCAAGAUCUAACAACUUAGAAUUGCAAUGUGUACCUGAAUCAAAAAGCGAAAACCUGGUCAAAAUCUUACAGCAGUUAGGUAGCGUUAUAGGAGUUAACAUAACAGAAGACAAAAUAAUGAACAUUACAAGAGUUGCUAAAGUUAAUCGUCACAGUACUCGACCGAGAUCUAUUAUAGUACAAUUUAAUACUUGUUUAACUAGAGACAAUGUUCUGGCGGCAGUCAUAAAAUACAAUAAAUCAAAUUCGAGAAAUAAGCUGAAUACAUCGGAUAUAGGCGUUGGGGGAGAGAAAAAACCAAUCUAUAUCAUGGAACACCUGUCACCAGAAAAUAAGGCUUUGCAUGCUGCGACGAGACUAAAAGCUAAAGAAUUAGGUUAUAAAUACACGUGGGUUCGAAAUGGUCGUAUACUUAUUCGCAAGGACGAUAACUCUGAUUACAAAGUGGUAAAAAAUAUGCAAUUUUUAAGCAAAUUAAGUUAG